CUGAACUGCAAACCGGCCUCUUUGGCAUGAUGGCAGCUACACCGGAGAACGACGACGACGACCUAUCCGCGGGGGAAUCGACGGCGCUGCACGAAAUGACGACGUUCUCCCGCCACCGCUUCGGGAACUCAAAUAAUUCGGAAGAGGAGUUCUCCAUCACCAUAAUUGAGAACAUGAAAGAAGAAUACGGUCUGUUUGUGUGGCCGUGUAGUGUUAUUUUAGCGGAGUACGUUUGGCAGCAAAAAUCACGCUUUUCCGGCACCACCGUUGUGGAGCUUGGUGCAGGAACUUCAUUGCCUGGAUUGGUUGCUGCAAAAUUGGGUGCAGAUGUCACACUGACAGACGAUUCGAACAGACCUGAGGUCUUGGCUAACAUGAGAAGGCAGUGUGACUUAAACGAUCUGAAGUGUAAGAUAUUGGGUCUUACAUGGGGACAGUGGGACUCAAAUGUUUUUGAUAUACACCCAAACAUUAUCCUUGGAGCUGAUGUUCUUUAUGAUGCAAAUGCUUUCGAUGAUCUUUUUGCUAGCGUGACAUUUUUACUUGAGAAUUCGCCAUCGUCUGUUUUUAUGACUACUUAUCACAAUAGAAGCGGGCAUCAUCUGAUUGAGUUUUUGAUGGUGAAGUGGGGGUUGAAGUGUGUGAAGCUUCUUGAUGGAUUUUCAUUCAUGCCAGCCCAGAAAGCAUCUGGUUUGAGUGGUGAUAUCCAGUUAGUUGAGAUUGCUUUGGAUAGACAGUAAACAAUACUGUAGAAUAUGACCAACUCGCCUUUUUUCUUUGAGUGCAAGUCAAACUGCUUCAUAUUUAUCUUUUUAGAUUAGAAGAAUUGAAUACUUUUCAACAGCUCCACCCCUUUUGCUCAGUCUAACUUCAGCAUUGAAGUAAAUGCCUGCUACGAGUAAUUUUCAAUUAAUGAAUCGCCUCCAAGAUUGUUUAUGACGUUCAUGAUCUUCAGAAUGACAUGAUCUUCC